UCGGCUCAAUUGAGACAGAGUCAUUUUGCUCGACAGUACGCUUCUUGCCUUCGCCAUUGUUGUGCGGUCUCUGCUUGGCCUUGCCCAAUUCUUGAUCUUCUCCUUCGAGGCUCGCUCGCUUCGUCCGAAUUCAUCGUCGCAGAAGGAAAAGGGCGUAAAGGACGCUACUUGGGGUCGCGAGAGAUGGGUGGGCAAGAGAAUGUGAAGUAUCUCGAGGAAUGCUCGGUCUCCAAUGCAUUGGGCACUUGGGUGUUCUCGGUAGCAGGAGCUCUCUUAGCGAUUCCGGUGGGGAUAAAACGGAAGUCUCUGGCUCCUCUCGUGUUCUUCGGGACGACAGGUACCAUGCUCGACAUCAUUAUGGGAAUCAGCGCGUGCGAAAGGGAGCAUGCGGAACGUCAAAUGCAGCUUUUAGAAGCCCAGAAUGCUGCGGCAGACCCCAAUUUGGUGGAGACCGCAAAAGAAUCUUGAUCACAACCUUUUUUCUUCAUCAUGAGUCUGUUUUCAAUCUAUGCCAUUUUGUAGCUUUCUUGAGAGCACUUCGUGGAUUGGAUUUGAGACGUUCUGCUGUCAGUUAGUCCAUCUGAAGUGUUCAAGUAUGGCAAGUUUUGAGUAAUGUCAUUGUCAUUCAUACAUUGUUCAAAUAUGAAUGAACUAUGGUGGGAGACCUAUUCGCCUAGGUCUCUCGGGACAGUAA